AUGCCCCAUAAACCAACCGAACUAGCGCGAGACGAGGCCGUUGAGUCGCUUAUGAACGAUGCAACCCUUGACCUCGGUAGCAAACGCACCGACCCCAUCGUCGCUGAAAUCGAAGCGCAGCGGCACACAGCGCCGCGCUCGCGCGAGACGUGGUUCAUACUCCCGCGUGCAUGGUACACGCUGUUCCGCACAGAUCCCAUGCAUGCACCGCCGCUCGACCUUGCGCCACUGCGCGACGAGCAUAGCAACCAGAUACGCCCAGGCGCGCGCGAAGGGAUCGACUACGAGCUUGUCCCAAAGCCCGCCUGGGAUACGCUUGUCGCACGCUACGGCUUGUGCAGCACCCCGAUUGCCUGCAGUGUAGUCCCAGGCGUGCAUGCACACCAAGCACCGCGUAUCGAGCUCUAUCCCCCUCACAUCACGCUCGUGCGUUUCGGCGCGGCGAAUGCCCCAAGCGGAAACAGCUCCCUACGCGUCUCUGCCGCCAUCACACUUGCCCAGCUCAAGGCAAAGGUGCGUGCGCAGCUGGCGUUACACGUGCCAGAUGCGGACAUGCGGUUCGUGCGUCUCCCUGAGCCUCUUCGGGCGCGUGCAGCGCUCCAGCGCAAUUUUCUCAGGCCUGCGCAGCUGCACGACGCCGAUCCCCCGGUAGAAAUUGUCGAGGGCGCCGAUACUGCAACGCUUGCAGCGCUGCAGCUAGACGCGCCGAGUAUGCUCCUCGCAGUCGAUGUGCGUGCUAACGGCACUUGGCAAUGGAACGGCGCGCCGCGCGAAGCGCCAAGGCAUAUGACGCGCUCGCACACGUCGGCUGCUUUGCGCGGCCUGCGCGGCUUGGCUAAUCUCGGUAAUACAUGCUUUAUGAACAGUGCGCUUCAGUGCCUGAGCAACACGCCGGAACUGCAAGAGUUCUUUGCCAAGGACGUGCACUGGGAGGAGCUCAACGCGGAAAACCCCCUCGGGAUGGGCGGCGCGAUUGCCGCUGCAUUCGGGCGCCUCAUGCAGCAACUCUGGGCGGGCAACAACACCGCCGUCGUUCCCCGCGAGUUUAAAAUGGCGCUUGCGCGGUUUGCGCCGCAGUUUACCGGCUACGCACAGCAGGACAGCCAAGAGCUGCUCGCGUUUCUCCUCGACGGUCUGCACGAGGACUUGAAUAGGAUCUUGAAGAAACCGUAUAUCGAAGCGCCAGACUGGCACGGCGGCACCGAGGCCGACAUGGUCCACUUUGCGCGGCAGCAGUGGGAUAUCUACAAGGCGCGCAACGACUCUGUGAUUGUGGACCUCUUCCAGGGCCAGUACCGCAGCACGCUUGUUUGCCCCGUGUGCAACAAGGUCUCGAUCAAGUUUGACCCCUUUAUGUACCUCACACUGCCCAUUCCAAACACGCGCAAAUGGCGCGGCAGCGUCCUGGUCGUGCCACAGCAUGGCAAGAUUGUGCAGGUGGAUGUUCAGCUGCCAGCCACGGCCAAUAUUGCCAUGCUGCGCGAUCGCGUAGCGUCGCUUACGCACAUAAAUCCAGCGCGCCUUGCCAUCGGCGAAGUGUGGUCUCACCACAUUUACCGGUGGCUCGCAGAGUACGAGCCCGUGCGCGAUAUCGCGUCUGGCGACCAUGUGUAUUUCUGGGAGACUGCACAGGCGUUCACCUUGCCUGCCCCGCUGCGUGGCAACUCGCGGUUCAGCUUCUUCCACCGUGCAAACCGCACGAUUGAAGAGAUCGAGAAAAGUUUUCCAGCGCCCGCGCAGCCAGACAUGAUCACGCUUCCUGUCUUUUCCUGCUACGCCCCCGCCGAUACGCACGCGACUCGACGCGCGCAGGGCGAGGGAUUUGGGCUGCCGUUCUUUGUCACCAUUCCCCGUGCAGCGACGGACAACGCCGAGGCUAUUUACGCGGCACUAGAAGCGCAGUACGUGCGGUUCAGCAAAUAUCCGGACGACAUUCCAGCGGAAUUUCAUGCGCGUCUCCUCCAGUGUUCUGCAUUUCGCGUGCACUUUGCCGUUCCCAGUGCACACGAGCCAAUGCACCGUGGCGAUCAGGCGCCUGAGCUUGGCAUGGAGCCGCUUGAGACGCGCAUUGCGCGUUUGCAGAACGCCGACGGGUGGCCAGUCCUGUUCCAAGGCGGCGCGCUGUACUGUAUCUGGAAUGCUGACGCCGCCGCCGCGCUCCUCCAAGAGACGGCAGAGGACUAUGUAUGGGGUACUCACGAUGUUAUCCAGGACGCAGCAUUCCAGCGCGGCACAACGGCGCUCAGCAAUGGAAAAGGCAAACCGCGACUCGCGCUCGACGACUGCCUGGCCGAAUUUAUCAAGCCAGAGCAGCUCGGGCAGGACGAUUUGUGGUACUGCCCGCACUGCAAGGCAUUCCGCGAAGCGAUGAAAAAGUUUGAUUUGUGGAAAGUACCCGAUAUCCUCGUCGUACACCUAAAACGCUUCAGUGCUGGGCGCAUGGCGCGCGACAAAUUGGAUACCUACAUCGACUUUCCCAUCGAGGGACUCGACCUCACCGAAAUGGCCGUCGGCGCCAAGAUCAUGCGUGACAUGCACGAGGAGACACCGCCCGCAGAAACGCAGGUGGGCGAUAAAUACGUCGUGCCGCACGACCCUCACGACGAUGCCGUCGCGGCGGACCAGCCGAUCUACGAUCUUUACGCCGUCGAUAACCAUUUCGGCGGCCUCGGGGGGGGCCACUAUACCGCUUUCGCCAAAAAUCCAACCGAUGACCGCUGGUACAACUACGAUGAUUCCAGCGUGCGCCCCGUCAACGACCCCGAAGCCGUCAAGACGGCCGCUGCCUACCUUUUGUUCUAUCGACGCCGCACGGCGCGUCCUAUCGGUGGAAAAUCGCGCGAUAAGAUGCAGGAGAAGCUGCAUGCAUCGUCUAGCAUGGAGCAGCAUGCCUCGGAUACGUACCUGCACGACACGCCGCUCCCACCGAGCGAUUCGGAGUCCAGCUCGGACGAGUCGUCCCAGGAGCGCUCUUCGCCGUAA